AUUUUGAAACUUGGACGCUGCUUCGGGGAUUCACGUGACAUUGACUUUCAGUUACAACAUUUUAACAUGGCUUUUCUCACAGAGGAGAAAUUCGGUGCUUUGCAGCUGCUGUUAAAGGCUCCAUCUAAAGAUGCAGUGCGGCAGAUCUGCACAGAGAGUUUCUCAGUCGGAGCGUUAAAGUCUCAGGCUCUACUGGAAAACACAGCAAAUUCACUAUCCGUGUCCAGAGAUGAAGCGAUUCAGGUGCUGACAGCUUUUCACACACUGUCGCAUCACGUCGUGUUCCAGAAUUUAACCUCUCCAGAACAGAUCCUGUCUGUCUUUCCAGAAUCAUUCCACUCAAAUUUGAAAAAUCUGAUCACCAAAAUUAUCUUGGAGAACAGUGUCUCGUGGAGAAAUGAAGCUUUGUCCAAUCAAAUUUCACUGCCAAAGCUGGUGGAUAUGGAGUGGCGAGUGGACAUGAAGACGUCCUCGGACUCGUUGAGUCGAAUGGCAGUGCCAACAUGUCUGCUGCAAAUGAAGCUUCAGGACUCUCCGUGCAUUAACAGCAGUGCAAGUGAGUCCAGAGUUACAGUGGAGCUGAGCAGAGAGACGUUGGACACCAUGAUAGACGGUUUGGGUCGCAUCAGGGAUCAGCUGACUGUAGUGGCAAGGAAGUAGAGAAUGGGAGACUUCACCAUCACACCUGUUUAUUCGAACACAUUCAAACAAAGAAUCAUCGGACACCGGAAGAAUGUCGUCAAUGUAAAGGAAGAAAGGACAUUAAAAGAUUUGUAAACUUGGUUACUGGAUGUAGUUUAUAAAACAGAGUUUGCUCAUGUUUUGAUGUGUGGUAUGUUUCAUGUAUAGAAUGUUUAUGUAAAAGUUGUCCUUUACAGACUUUUUUUUUUUUCGUUGCAGAAGUACUUGUAUGGAAGCCCGUUUCUGCCACAUGAAAAUUAUUAGAAUUUUUUGUGUGAAUUUGGCCCACCCAAUGAAACCUGAUACGGUGAUAUAUUUUGGAAAUAAAAAAAUCUUAAUUAUUAGAUUCAAAGUCAUUAUUUUUAGAUUAAAAGUAAUAAAACAACAAUUUUUAGGUGGAAGGUCAAUUAUGAGAUUAAAAGUAACAAUUAUGAGGGAAGUUACAAUUUUGUAAAUCAUGAGAUACAAAGUCAUAAUUAGGAGAAUUCCUAAUUAUGAGAAUAAAAAUUGUAAUUAUAAAAAUAAAAAUUAUUUGACUAGAAUCUCAUAAUUAUGACUUACUCAUGACUGUAUAUAUUUUUUUGUCAUACGACUCAUUAAUAUGACUCGUAAAUCAUGAGAUAUAAAGUCAUAAUUGUGAGAUGACGUCUCAUCGUUGAGAAUUGAGUAAAAAUGAUGAGAUUAAAAUUUGUAAAUAUGAAAUAAAGUCAAUUAUUAGAUUAGUAUCUCAGAGAUAUGACUUAAUAUAUCAUCAUUUUGACUUCUAAUUAUGAUUAAUUUCUUAUAGUGACUUAAUCUCAUAACUGAUCUCAUUGUUUUGACUUUAUAAGACUAUAAUUAAUAUGACUCGUAAAUCAUAAAAUAUG